CAUCCCAUUGUUCUUCUCGCCUGCAGUCAUCAAUUGAAAGUCAUUUCCUGCAAUAUUCUGCAUAGCGGCUACCUGUGGCAUUUCUGUUCUUUUCAAGCUUCUAUCAAUUGACUUGUCAUCACUAACCGACCGUUAUAAGAACGAACAAUAUGGCGCCUCCUCAGAUCUGUGUGAUUGGCUCCCUGAAUAUUGAUUUCGUCACCUACACCCCCCGUUGCCCCGAUGCUGGCGAAACCCUGACAGCCAAUUCCCUCGCCAUCAGCGCCGGCGGGAAAGGUGCCAACCAGGCGGUCGCGUGCGGUCGCGCCUCCUUUGUUUCCAAAGACAACCAAGAUGCAUCGGUGUAUAUGAUCGGAGCGGUCGGAGCGGGAGAUCCUUACUACUCGGCGCUCCUGCGCCCAACACUGGAGGGUUCCGGCGUUAGCACAACGGGAAUCCAGGAAAAGACGGACAGCCAAACGGGCUCUGCUACAAUCAUCGUGGAUGAAGGAGCCGGAGGAGAGAAUCGGAUCUUGUUUGUCCCCGGCGCUAACUACUCGGGAAUGGAUAAUGUAGAUGCGGUCCUCGCUACCACCCGGAAUAUCCAUCUAGAACAAGGCGUCGUCGUGAUGCAGGGCGAGAUCCCGAGGUCGACUACCUUGGAGCUGAUGAAGCACUUCAACGACCCUUCCUGCCCUUCUCACCUGGUGUUUAAUCCUGCGCCGGUCUUCACAGAAGGAAUCCCCCUCGCUGCACUUGCCGGCACGAGUGUGCUGGCCAUGAAUGAGACCGAAGCUGUCCUCAUGACCCAGGCGGUCAAGGAGCAUCUCACCCCUGCCCAGCAGGAGCAGGACCUAAAGCCCGAAGAGCUUGCACCUCUAUUCCACAAACAUGCUCAGGUUCAGAUCGUUCUAAUUACACUUGGAGCUAAGGGUGCCUUUUACUCAACGGCCACUGGCAAGCAGGGCUUUGCUCCCAGCGCCGCGGUGGAGAAGGUUGUAGACACCACUGCCGCCGGAGACACAUUUGUCGGUUACUUCGCUACUGCCUUUGCUAAGUUCGUUGCCACCGGUGCUCCACUGGCGGAAUUCGAUGCUCAGAUCGAAACGGCCGUUCGGAAGGCGAACGUGGCCGCCGCAGGGUGUGUCCAGAGGAAGGGUGCGAUGCAGAGCAUUCCGUUCGCUUAUGAGAUCUAGUGCAUGGCACAAUGAACCAUCCACUGAUCACUCUCACCAGUCAGAGGAGUAUUCGCUCAUGAUUUUUACCGAAACCGGACUUCAUGGGCCAUUGAUCGGAAACUAAUUUCGACAUGAAAUCACGACCGUAGCCUCUCAUACCAUCAAUCUGCUACCGACACUGAAAAGGUAGCCGCACUUGCAAAUUUGCAGCGUCUCUCAACUCAAAAUAGAUCAUACCAUCACCAUAUUUUUUCACAGAAGAGACUACAUAUACAAUACUGAAAUAAAAAUCAUAGAC